AAAAGCUCACAGAAGAAGAAAAACUUGGAUCCUUCACCAUUUGCAUUGCACUCCCGAAGGAUUAUAGAUACGAAUCUUACCUUUCACACGAUCGUCACGAGAUCCUCGUCUCCUUCUUUACCUGUUUCUCCUCUUUCGUCUUUCACCUCCAUCUUCGUUUUAACCCCAAACCAAAUCGUUAAUCGUAACUCAAUCGUUGCUCUGAACAACAACAACAACACAGGAAAUUAGACAAAUGGCUGGUUCAUCGACCAAGAGAUAUCCGCUCUAUGCUAAGGAUUAUGAACUGUUUGAAGAGGUCGGUGAAGGUGUUAGUGCCACUGUGUACAGAGCUCGUUGCAUUGCUCUAAACGAGAAUGUCGCCAUUAAGAUCAUGGAUCUUGAAAAAUGCAGGAACGAUAUGGAAACAAUACGUAAGGAAGUUCACAUUAUGAGCCUAAUUGAUCAUCCGAAUCUAUUGAAAGCGCAUUGCUCGUUCAUCGACCGUAACAGCUUGUGGAUUGUCAUGCCUUACAUGUCCGGUGGCUCAUGCUUUCACUUAAUGAAAUCGGUCUAUCCAGAAGGUCUUGAGCAACCUAUAAUCGCUACUUUGUUGAGGGAAGUGCUCAAAGCUCUUGUUUAUCUCCAUAGGCAAGGACACAUUCAUAGAGAUGUUAAGGCUGGGAACAUACUGGUUCACUCAAAAGGCGUAGUUAAACUUGGAGACUUUGGAGUUUCAGCUUGCAUGUUUGAUAGUGGGGAUAGGAUGCGUACAAGGAAUACAUUCGUUGGAACUCCUUGCUGGAUGGCACCUGAGGUUAUGCAGCAAGUAGAUGGAUAUGAUUUUAAAGCAGACAUUUGGUCGUUUGGGAUAACUGCCUUGGAGCUAGCUCAUGGUCAUGCCCCAUUUUCCAAAUAUCCACCUAUGAAGGUGCUAUUAAUGACCUUACAACAUGCUCCUCCUCGCCUUGAUUAUGACAGAGAUAAGAAAUUUUCAAAGUCAUUUAGAGAGUUAAUCGCAGCGUGCUUAGUUAAAGAUCCAAAAAAGCGUCCAACCUCAGCAAAACUUCUGAAGCACCCGUUCUUCAAACAUGCUCGGUCUACAGAUUAUUUGUCUCGUAAAAUUCUUCAUGGUCUUUCUCCACUUGGUGAACGUUUUAAAAAGCUGAAGGAGACAGAGGCUGAGUUGUUUAAAGGCAUAAAUGGUGACAAAGAACAGUUAUCUCAGCACGAGUAUAUGCGAGGAAUCAGUGCUUGGAAUUUUGAUCUCGAGGACUUGAGGAAGGAGGCAUCACUUGUAAGUAAGAAUCCAGAUGAUGAAAUGUGCAGUUCAGAGACUCGGGAACUGAACGGAAACCAAGAUAUGCCAAAAAGAAACCCAAUGGUACAAAGGUCAAAGACCAUGUCUUUGGAAAUGUUCAAAGUCUCAGAUAAGGAUACGAUGAGUAGGAGUAACAGUCUAACAACAGGUGCAAUACUUCCUUCAUUUCAUCGCAAGUUCCUCCCGGCUAUUGGAUAUCAAGUUGGGAUCCUUUCUGAUGAAAGCAAUGCACGUCGACCGAGCAAAGGAGCUGCAGAGACACUCGCUCUUGAAGAGACAGAUCAAGUAGAACCACUAGCGGAUACCAAACAGACCCUCACUGUUGAAGAGCCAGAUCAAGUAGAACCAUUAGCGGAUACCAAGCAAAUGGGAAAAGCAGAGACUGAGCUGGAGAAACCAAAAAAUGGCUGCACAGUUAGUCAUGUGAACCGUGCAGCUAGUGAAAUCCUCCCACUGUUACAGAGUCUCUUGGUUCAGAAUGACAUUCAGAGGGACAAAGUAAUCAGAUUAAUUAGAUUUUUUGAUCGAACUGCCGAAACUGAAAAUCCAAUCUCAAAUACCGAAGGAGUGCAGAUAUAUCCAUCAAGGGAGAGAGAACUACAAUCUCAGGUUAAUUUAUUGGAGCAAAGUGUUGAGAUUCUUGUAGAGGAAUUAAAGAGAAGAAAAGACAUAAAUGGUCAGCUAGAACGACAGAUCAGAUCCCUAACCAGCAGCAGCAAUAGCAUUCCUUAAGCUUAGCUACCUCCUUUUGUCUCUUCCAAGAGGAGGAAAGCGAUUCUUUUUUGUAUUCACUUAUUUAACUUUUAUUUAUCAUAAUUGCGCAGA